UUGGGUCCGGGCUCCACUCCUCCACAUGGGGUGUCACCAUGUCACUGUUGCCUCACAAGGGGCAGUGUUUGGAAAAGUGAAAAGUCAGCUGUGAGAGAAGACUCUGUGAACCACUUUGACUUUCUUCUUCAUGCGUGUGGACUUGCUUCAGUCUCACAUCAGAAGAAGCGUCAGUGUUUGAUUCGGGGUUUGUCUUAAUCUCUUGGGAGUUUUCCCCCGGUGGGGCCGUUUCGUACCACCUGAAUCCGCGCCGGCCGGGGCUGUUUUUUUGGAAGUUUUUCGAAGCAAUUCCUCCCUUUGCGCACACUUUAAGUUUGCCUAAUAAGCCGCGCAAAGGGCUGUGUGUGAAGUUGGCAGAAAGCAGAGGCGAUGUUUUGCCGAAAUCAAACAACCAGAGCAACCGUUGCCCGCGGCUCUGCCCUUGAAAUGGAGAUACGGCGAGGGAAGUUCAGAAAGAGCGUUUUCCUGGACACAUCACAGGACAGCGACAUCCAGAAAAAGAUUGACCAUGAGAUCCGGAUGCGGGACGGGGCCUGCAAGCUGCUGGCCGCCUGCUCUCAGAAGGACCAGGCGCUGGAGGCGUCCAAGAGCCUGCAGACCUGCAGCACUCGCAUCAUGGCCUACAUGACGGAGCUGCAGAGGAUGAAGGAGGCGCAGAUCAUGCAGAAGGUCACGCGGAGGUCGUCGGAUGCAGGGCCGAUGGACGACAGACACCCGUGCAAGGGAAAAGUAGCCAUCUCAGAUCUUCGUAUCCCUCUCAUGUGGAAAGACACGGAGUACUUCAAGAACAAAGGAGAGCUUCAUCGGUGUGCAGUGUUCUGCCUGGUGCAGCUCGGAGGAGAGAUCUUUGACACAGACAUGGUGAUAGUGGACCGGACACUCACCGAUAUCUGCUUUGACAACACCAUCGUAUUUAGUGAAGCCAACCCUGGUUUUGAGAUGCGUGUGGAGCUGUACAGCUGCUGCUCAGAAGACGACUACUCAGCAGGGAGCACGCCCAGGAAGCUAGCCAGCAAACUGAGCUCGUCGCUGGGCAGAUCGGCGGGGAAGAAGUUCAGGUCGGCCAUGGAGCCUGGGCCGUGUAGUCCUGUUGGCAACGGGGGGGCAACUCCUCUGCUUCUGCCAGUUCCCUCUGUACCGGGUCCUAAGUACCACCUUUUAGCUCAUACCACCAUGUCGCUGUCACACAUCCAGGACAGUUUUCGCACGCAUGACCUCACCAUCUCAGGCAACGAGGAGUGUUCCUAUUGGCUGCCGCUCUAUGGCAGUAUGUGUUGUCGCUUCGCAGCUCAGCCUCACUGUAUGACCCGACAGGUGAUGAGUGGAUGUUUGAAAGUGAAGUUGGGAGGUGAACCUCAGAGUUGGACCAAAGUGUACGGCGUGCUAAAAGGAACAAGCCUUUUCUGCUACCACCGGCAAGAAGAUGUGGAGGCUAACGUCGAGCCAGCUUUCACCAUCGCCAUCAACAAGGAGACCAGAAUACGUGCGUCAGAGAAAGACCCUCAAAGUAAAGUUCAGAAUAUCUGUAUCAGUAACCAGUACGGAGGUGAGGAGGUUACACACACACUGACGUCAGACAGCCGCGAGGACACACACCGGUGGAUGGAGGCCUUUUGGCAACAUUUCUACGACAUGAGCCAAUGGAAACAGUGCUGUGAUGACUUAAUGAAAAUUGAACUGCCAUCGCCAAGGAAACCGACUCCCGUCACACCAAAACAAGGCUCACUCUAUCACGAAAUGGUUAUUGAGUCAUCUGACGACCUCAGCACGGUGUCGGACAUCCUGGCUCGGAGGAUGCAGGAGCUGGAGCUCCGCAGCCAGCUGGGCACCUCCCCGAACUGGAUGUCUCUGUUUGAGGAGAACAACCCCAAAACCCCUGCACACCUCACCGCCCCCCCCCGCAGCCCUGCGAGCCCCCACCGCUGCCCCCAGCUCAGCCUGCUCUCCUCAGACGCCAGCCUGACCUCGGACAGCGACAGCCACUGCAGCACCAGCCCCUGCUCCCACCGCCACGCCUGGCCCGAGCCCUCCUCAAACUUCCCCCUCCUGUCCUCGUCGCCCUCCCGCCUGAGGCCACGCACCUUCUCCUUGGAUGCUAAGCUCAGCACCCUGCGGGGGAGGGGGUUCAGAGGGGGAGGGACCUUCCAGUGCUCCUGCCAGCCUCCUACCUCCUCGCUGCUCGCCCCGCUCCCUGUCUCCUCUCGCUCCCCUCGGUCGCAGCGCAGCACCCAGACCACGCUCUCCUGCUCCAGCUCCACCUCCAGCAACAGCUCCAGCAACAGUGAGGGCCGCCACAGCCCCGAGUCCUCCGAGGGGGCCCCCUUCUCCCGGCCCUCCCCGGCCCGACGCAGCCUCAGGAACCUCAGGGCCAGACUCGAUCCUCGCAACUGGCUCCAAAGUCAGGUGUGAAGCGCGUGCUGCCAGACAGACAUGUUUAACACUGACCUAAAGGCAACAGUUCUCAUUAAAUCAAGGUUUAACUGGCUUAACAUAUGUGAACUGACCUCAGGCAGUCUGUUGGCAACAUGCACAGCCCUGAGGAGGAUAAGCUGCCUCUGGCCUGCGUCCUGGGGGGGUGGAUCAUUGAAGACCCUCCUGGAGAAAACUGGAAUGUCUUCUAUCACAAAGGAAAGGUGACAAUCACUGCAGGCGGCACUUUGCUGAAGAUGGUCCAGAACUAAAUGGGAGGUACUCUGCUUGCUUUGAAAAAUGAUUAUGGUCAUGCUGCUUGGGAGAAAGUGAUGUUAAGAGCUAAGGACUUCAGAUGAACUGUCCACCCUGAAACUAGAAAGGUUUUUUCCCCCCUCUGUAUCCUAGCAACACAAACAGGAUCAUUCAAAAUCAUCUAUAAAUGUCACCUGCAGUGUUUUGACUGGAUCAAUAUUUUCAAAAAAAUCAAGGUUUGCAGUGUUUAUGCUAUGAAAGCUAGUGAGCAUGAGUCGAGAUGAACAGGCAAGACGGCCAAGAGUUUUCAAAUGAUAAAGUGUGGAGGGAAGCGUUGGUGUCUGUCUGAACUGUGAUAUCUACUUCAGUGUACGCGUCUAAUUAUUCAUACAUGGUUCUCCUAAAAUGACUAUGCACCAUUUUGUUUUUGCAUGAUUUCACGUUUCAACCAUGAAUCUGGUGAAAGCUUAUGCAAAGGCUCAUACACACUGUACUGGUUAAUACUGUGAUCUCUGGUCUCAACUCCCACACAGGUAACAUAUCCCUAAAUACAUAGAAAAAUAUUAAAAUAAAAAUGUAAUAACUCAACUCAAACUUUGAAUGUCAUUAAAAACAAAAGGCGUUCUGAUCAUGUUACUUUAAUGCAAUAUUGUGAGUUUUUUAAGCUUUCCGGUUCCUUAUUAUAGACAUUUCAAUAAAUGUGAAGCAUCCACCAAUCAUAUGUUAUAAAACAACUUUUUAAGCAUUAUGUGAAAUUAUAGCCAAUCAAUAGGUCAGAGCAAGCUAAUGGUUUACCCUGCCAUUUUAAUUUAUGUAAGAAAACAGUCAUCUGACUCAAGGCGUCCGUUGUGUGUGUGCAGUAAAACCUCUUUUACUGUUGGUUUUACUUUAACAGUUUCGUCUUGGGGCUCAGAACUCGGGUGAUUAUUUUGACUAAGAAUACAAACUGUCAAAUGUUAGAAAAACAGCAUUUGUUACUGUAAAUUAAUUUUUAUAAAUUAACAAAUAAACCUCCUUUUUUUCUC